AGUCCGAUCAUUCAUUCUGUCUUUCUUUUUCCUCAGUCAGAUAACACAAGCCGGUGGGGCGGAUAGAUCAGUGCCUCUCUGUUACAACUUCUAUAAGCCUGUGUGAAGUCAUUCUUAGAAACAAAAUGGGAAAAAUCAAAGGAGGAUCUGUUGUGGAGAUGCAGGGAGACGAGAUGACGAGUGACCGUGGACUGUGCUAACGCCAUCAAAAAGUACAAUGUAGGGAUCAAGUGUGCCACCAUCACCCCCGAUGAGAAGAGAGUGGAAGAGUUUAAGCUCAAGAAAAUGUGGAAAUCCCCCAACGGAACCAUCCGGAACAUCCUGGGCGGCACGGUGUUCAGGGAGGCAAUCAUCUGUGAGAACAUCCCUCGUCUGGUGCCGGGCUGGAUCAAGAGUAUCGUCAUUGGACGUCACGCUUUUGGCGACCAGGGAGUACAGGAAGCAGUAUGAGGCAGCAGGCAUCUGGUACGAGCACCGUCUGAUCGACGACAUGGUGGCCUACUGCAUGAAGUCAGAGGGAGGCUUUGUCUGGGCCUGUAAGAACUACGACGGGGACGUGCAGUCUGACUCUGUCGCUCAGGGCUUCGGCUCGCUGGGUAUGAUGACCAGUGUACUGGUGUGUCCGGACGGCCGGACCGUGGAAGCAGAGGCUGCUCAUGGCACGGUCACUCGUCACUUCCGCUUUUACCAGCAGGGGAAGGAGACGUCUACUAACCCUAUAGCCUCCAUCUUUGCCUGGUCCCGGGGCCUGGCGCACCGUGCCAAGUUGGACGAGAACAAAGAGCUGGCCAGGUUUUGCAGCAACCUGGAGGCAGUGUGCGUUGAGACGAUCGAGGGCGGGGUCAUGACCAAGGACCUGGCCAUCUGCAUCAAGGGCAUGAGCAAGGUGACCCGCAGCGACUACCAGGAGACCUUUGAGUUCCUCAACACCCUGGCCGAGAACCUCAAGGCCAAGAUGGCCGCCACCAGCUGACUACCUGGCGCGCCCUGUAGUGGCCAGGACGCAGCGGUCAGGGACGCCAGCAAACUGUGACCUCUGGUUGACCUCUGGCUGACCCUUGGCUCACCUCUGGCUCACCUCUGGCUGACCUGUGGUUGACCCCUGGCUUACCUCUGGUUGACCUCUGGCUCACCUCUGGUUGACCUGUGGUUGACCUCUGGCUGACAUCUGCGUGCCAUCCCCC